AUGUCCUCCCGUUUGCCUCUCUUCACACGCAACCUCCCAGACGCUCAGGAGUCUAAUGAUCCCAACUCUCCCGCCGAGCAGCGAGACGAUGCCAAGCGAAACUUCCUAAAGACUAUGCGAGCGCUGCCCACGCAGCAUUACUGGAACGUCUACUUCGACCGCCAGGCAAAGGAGGGCGAGGGCGAGGGCGGUGACCAGUACCACUCUGGGCUUGAGCAGCUCGGUAACCAGAUCGAGUCGGUCCAGGACUUUUGGAGAUAUGCAAACAACACUCCGGUUGGAAACAUCGGCGUGCGCGAGUCGCUCUACCUCUUCAAGUCUGGCUUCCGACCUGUCUGGGAAGACCGACGCAAUAUCCUAGGUGGUAGCUGGACAUUCCGUUUCCCUAAGAGCUUGGGCCCCGAUGUUUGGACUCGUGUCCAGCUCCUUGCUAUCGGCGAGAAGCUGCAGAGUGUUCUUGACGAAGAGGAUCAACUCUGUGGUGUUGGCCUUUCGGUCCGCUUCAACUCCCACCUGGUUACUGUCUGGCACCGCGACGCCUCUAAGAAGAACUCGGUCGAGAACAUCGUCAAGUGCAUCAUGGAAGAACUCCCCCCAGAGAUGCACCCCAAGCCCGACGCAUACUACUACAAGCGACACUCUGACCACGCCGGCUUCAACCCUUCCCCCGAGCUCAAGGCUGUGCUUGAUUCCCGACGACGCGAGGAGGAGAAGCUGGCCGCUGCGGCCAAGGAUGGCAACCCGAAGCCGUCAGUGACAAUCGACUCUCCGCAAUGA